CAUGACUAGAAAUAUCCUCGAGAGGCGUCGUCGUUUUAAGGGAUACACAGAAUCGAGCCCUCAAAACUGAACAUACAACAGCCGUCUGACCCUCCAUCCUCGACGGCGCGCCAUUUUUGUCGUCUUCACCCUCAAUUUAGGGUCAGGGAUUAGUGGAAGAGAGCAUUCGCUUUAGGUGAAAGGCACAUCACCUCCAUCUUCAAAUUUUAGCCAUUGAGUGGUAGAAAGAACAUAACCAUACAUGCAUCCCAGAAGAACUUCCUUGAGGAAUGUUGAUGGUGCAGUACGUAGAUGAAUCGAUAGAAAAGAGUGUGCUUUGCUCUCCAGAUAGUCCUUUUUUGAGUGCUUUUAUUUUGAAUUAUAGUGUUUUGGGAGAAAAUACACCACUAAAGAUGGUUGAUGAGGUUCUUUCGUUGGAAAGGCCAUACUGUCGUCAGUCGACCAGUGAAAGCUCAAAGCUUAAGGGUUGAUUUUCCAUUAAUAGAAUAGAAACGUGAAAAUGAGCUUCAUUUUAAGAAGGCAUAAUUUACAAAUGGGAUUAUCCAGAAAAGCUGUGCUGGCACUAAAUCCUAUUAAUAUCAAUACGUUCACUCAAAGAUUUAGUCAACCUGCAAGGGAGGAGGAAGAGGGGGAAGAAGUGGAGAUUGAUCAGAAAAGGCUCCCAACUGAUUAUGAUCCAGCUAAUUUUGAUCCCACAGAGCAUCGUAGUCCUCCAACUGAGCGUGUAUUUAGGCUUGUAGACGAAGUCUCAGGACUCACAUUGGCUGAAGCUUGCCAGCUGGGAGCCAUUAUGAUGAAAAGAAUGGGAAUGAAGGACCCACCAACAGUUGGGGUCAUGAAACCAGGAGCUGCGGGAUUGGCUGGAUUUGCAGCAAAGGCACCUACAGCAGCCAAGGAGGAGAAGAAACCAGAAAAGACUGUUUUUGAAUUAAAACUUGAGUCCUAUGAGGCAGCUUCAAAGAUCAAGAUAAUCAAGGAGGUUAGGAGUUUUACUGAUUUGGGUCUCAAGGAAGCCAAAGACUUGGUAGAGAAGACCCCAGCAGUUUUUAAAAGGGGAGUAUCGAAAGAAGAAGGUGAGCAAAUAAUUGAGAAGAUGAGAGCUCUUGGGGCCAAGGUUAUCAUGGAAUGAAAGGAAACUGAUACAAAAUUCGUGACUCCCUGCUUUCCAAGCCAUGUCCUUUUGUUGGCACUAAAGAUACAAUUUUGCCAUGCAAAUUCUGAGGUAGAAAAGUGGUUGAAAUCCUGGCGUAUGGAUGAAAGGAUUUGGAAAUCUUUUGUAUCUCAGGAUAUAUUCAGUCUUAUCAAUACAUUGCGUUUUUUU